UAUAGAUCUGGAGUCUGUAUACACUUUCACAUGGGUAUUUUAAAUACAGAGUACAGUAUGCCAAUUUGUUGGAGUUUGAAGGCCGAUAACUUAGAUAUUGUUACCUACUGCAGUACAAUAUACAAUUUGGUUUUAGAAGUAUAAAACUUGCUAAAUUGAUAUCUAGAAUAGACUAAAUAUCCAUAUACAGUAGAUCAGAAGAUGUAUGGGAUAUGUAAGAAAUUAUUAUUAUUUAACUGUUUUCAUUAAGAAUUUAACUUUAGUUAAUUGUUGCUUUUUAUGACACUUGAGACAAUCAAGUUAACUUUAAAUAAAUAUUUAAACUCUGUACCACACUAAAGAUAGUGAUGAUAAGUUCAAUUUAUAUGAAAAAGCAUCAGUUUCUACAAUUUCCUUUUCAACCUGUUAAUAAAAUAUUUAUGAAAUGUAUCUUCAAGGGCCACUUAGAUAUAUAGAUAAGGGCACUUUGGUGUAAUGGUUAAGAUACUGGAAUAGAAUCUGGGAGAAUCUAACCCUGCCUUAGGCAAAAAGCCAACUGAAAUAUUGUCUUAAUAAAUAACUUUAAAGUUAUACCUGAUUUUUGGUAUCCUAUGGCACAAAAUAUGGAUCCAAGGUAUUUCGUGAAUCUUCUCAACCUAUUGCUCUGGAACAAAAAAGGCUUUCCAAGUACAUCUUUACUCAAUCCUCAAAUCUGCCACGAGAAAGUUGGCUUUCAAAUAUCUAAUUCUGCACUGACAUAACAUAUUGAGGCAUGGCUAUUAUUGGAAGCAGAGUCCUAUUUCUUCAGAGCACUCUAUUGGCAAGGUUAAAGAUAGCAAUAUUAUAUGAGAAUGGAUAAACUUUCAGGAGGUUUAAUGAUACUUUUCUCACAAGGGAUUCCGACCUCUUUUGAAGUUUAUAUUCAUAUAGGAUUCAUUUCCAGUUUGCCCGAUAUCUUGAGGAGAUCCUGUUGGCUUUUCAUUCCAUUGUAUUCUCCUCGCCUAAACGCUAUCAAUAUCAGAUUCAACAGUCGGAGCUGUGAAACCCGGCUGUUCUUGGCGGAGGGUUGUUGACAGCUGACAGGAAAGUUUCCUGAAGUUCAGGAAAUCUCCCGCCAGCUUUGAUUGCCCUCGCGCUGGUCUCCGCGCUGCUGAGGGAGCGGAAGGGACGAGUCUAGCGCCCUAUUCCUCCGCCCAGGCCCCCGGGAGGCGAGCAUUGGGGAGAACGGGCCUUUGAGAAGACAGCUGGGCGGACUGCAAAGCGUCUCUCCAUGCGAAUGACCUUCAAAGCACUCGAAGCGUUCCUGCUGAAGAAAGACGCCGGGCGUUGCUCGUGUGGGAAACUCUCUUUGGGGCUGCCAAACGUUAUCCAUUGCGGGUGCUCAUUGCCAGCCUGGCCCGGCACUGCCCUCCUUCCUCUAGCCUGCAGGUGCGUAAAUGAGGAAGGAGCGGCUGGUGAGCCCGAGUUCUAGAAGAAGGAUCGAAAGGCGAGUCUCGCAGGAGAGCCCGCAGGUGACCCCACCGGCCGGGCAGGAGAUGAAACCCGGCGUAGAAGGUGGAGUAGAGGGCGUCCUUCGCCGGACCGCCUUCCUUCUCCCUCCCCCCACCCCCGCGUGACUUCUGUCUUCCCUGCAGGCGAUGAGGGCAGGACCACCAUCAUGCUGGAAUUGAACUGGUUUAGCGCAGGCGUUGCUUCCCUUUCCAGUUGAACGGAGAGUACCGGCCCCGCAACCGCUCAAUGGGUGCUGCUCAGGGGUGCCCGGGGAGUCCUGGGAUUGCCCUCUUGCUGCUCCUGAUGGCUGCCUUUGUGCAAUCUGUGGUAGCAGCCUCCGCCUCCGCCUCGGAAAAAGAGCCGAGCGAUCCGGCUGUCAUGCCAUCCAUCCAUCCCAAUCCCAGAGCAGGCACCUUGCAGGUGCCCGCUGAGACCCCUUUCGAGGAGACUAGGCUUCACGUCUUUACCUUGGAUUACCCGCACGUGCAAAUCCCCUUCGAAAUCACCCUCUGGAUCCUCCUGGCUUCCUUAGCCAAGAUCGGUUUUCAUCUCUACCACAAAUUGCCCCAGAUAGUUCCAGAAAGUUGUCUCCUUAUUGUGAUUGGACUGAUUUUAGGUGGAAUUAUAUUUGGGGUACAGGAAAAAUCUCCACCAGUGAUGAAGAGCGAUGUUUUUUUCUUAUAUCUUCUUCCUCCAAUUGUCCUUGAUGCUGGUUAUUUUAUGCCAACACGCCUCUUCUUUGAGAACUUUGGGACCAUUUUUUUGUAUGCUGUUGUGGGCACACUCUGGAAUUCUUUUGGCAUUGGCAUUUCCCUCUUUGCCAUUUGCCAGAUUGAGGCCUUUGGUUUGAGUGACAUCACUCUACUGCAGAGCCUGCUUUUUGGGAGUUUGAUUUCAGCUGUGGAUCCUGUGGCUGUGCUGGCUGUCUUUGAAAAUAUUCAUGUCAACGAGCAGCUGUAUAUCUUAGUUUUUGGAGAAUCUCUCUUAAAUGAUGCUGUAACUGUGGUCCUGUACAACUUGUUCAAAUCUUUUUGCCAGAUGCGUACAAUUGAGGCCAUUGACAUAUUUGCUGGAAUUGCUAAUUUUUUUGUAGUUGGCAUCGGUGGAGUUUUGAUUGGAAUCAUUCUUGGAUUUGUAGCAGCUUUUACUACUCGUUUCACCCAUAAAAUUCGAGUGAUUGAGCCACUGUUUGUCUUCUUAUACAGUUACCUCUCGUACAUAACAGCUGAAAUGUUUCACCUUUCAGGGAUUAUGGCGAUUACAGCAUGUGCUAUGACCAUGAAUAAAUACGUGGAGGAGAAUGUUUCUCAGAAGUCCUAUACUACUAUAAAAUAUUUCAUGAAAAUGCUGAGCAGUGUCAGUGAAACUCUUAUCUUUAUUUUCAUGGGAGUAUCUACAGUAGGAAAAAACCAUGAAUGGAACUGGGCCUUUGUUUGCUUCACUCUGCUAUUUUGUUUGAUUUGGCGUUCAUUAGGAGUGUUUGCAUUGACUCAGGUAAUAAAUGUAUUUCGGACAAUUCCUAUAACGUUUAAAGACCAGUUCAUUAUUGCCUAUGGAGGCCUCCGAGGAGCUAUAUGUUUUUCUCUGGUCUUCCUUCUUCCUUCUGCCGUAUUCCCUAGAAAGAAGCUUUUCAUUACUGCUGCUAUCGUAGUGAUAUUCUUUACCGUGUUCAUUCAGGGAAUGACAAUUCGCCCACUGGUGGAGUUUCUUGAUGUCAAAAGAGCAAAUAAGAAGCAACCAGCAGUUAGUGAAGAAAUCUACUGCCGGUUCUUCGAUCAUAUCAAGGCUGGUAUUGAAGAUGUGUGUGGACAUUGGGGUCACAACUUUUGGAGAGAUAAAUUUAUAAAAUUUGAUAAGAAGUACCUAAGAAGACUUUUAAUUAAGGAAAAACAACCAAAAUCAAGAAUUGUUGCUCUGUACAAGAAAUUGGAAAUAAAACAUGCCAUUGAAAUGGCAGAGAAUGGGAUGUUAAGCACAGUUCCAUCUCUAGCUUCUAUCAAUGAGCCUCAAGAGGGAGAAAAAAUAAAUACACCUUAUUCUGGCCAAAUGGAUAACAUAAGAGAGAUUUUAACAAAGAAUCUGUAUCAGAUACGGCAAAGAACUCCAUCAUAUAAUAGAUACAGUCUUGCUGAAGAUGCAAAUGAAAAGCAGGCCAAAGAAAUUUUGAUUCGUCGCCGACAUAGCCUAAGAGAGAGCAUUAGGAAGAGCAACAGUUUGUCAAGACCAGUGCACAUGAAAUCACCACGUUACUUAUCACUACCUAAAAAUACUAAACUUGCAGAGAAAACACGGAAAAGAAAUCAAUCCUCCUUUAAAGUAAGUGACAGCAGUGAUUCUGAAUCUGACCAUACCAUGGUGCUGAAUUUCAAAUCCCAAGCGGGAAAAAUUUUGAGAGAUCAAAGACUUCAUCAGCAACAAUGCAGAAUUGAAUGGAAGAAUGAAACAGACAAAGACAAUGGUGGUAUAGCGAGCUACCCUCAAGGAACAACAAGAGGCUUCCGGCAACCACUGUUGCCAAGGCCAGCAUUUGGCACAGUGAAUGAAGAAUCAGCUGAAGAUGACAGAUCAGUCAAGCCCCUGCCACCACCUCGAUUAGCCCGACAGGCAUCAAAAGCUGAAAGGCCAAGAGAUAAAUCUGAGAAUAACCAUAGCAAUAAUUACUAAACAGAUGCUAACACUCAACAGUACAUAUAGUAGACUAGCAUGAUGUAAAUGGCAGUAGGGCAAUUGGAUUCAUUCAAAACUUGGCCAUAGACUCGUGGGGGAUGGGUAGGAAGGAAAGAAAAUCUAAACAGAAAUCAAGUAGGAAGAAAUUCUUAGCUGCUCUGGGACCAAAUAAUGUAAAUUAUACAAUGAAGAUAACUUUGAUCAAUUAUAUAUUGUAUGCCUGACAUGUGAUUACUUUUCUUCAAGGGAAAGGCUACCAUAUCUGAACUGUAGAAAUCCAGACCAUCACUAGAGGGUAGCCCUAAACAAAGCCACAUUUUAAUUAGGAAUUGCACUAAAAUUUUCUUGUCCUAUUAAAAGAUAUCCAAUGUGCCAACGCACAGUUAGUAGCUACUUUAAAAAAGAUUCUGUAAGAACAAACAGGAUUAUCUUGAUUUGGAGAUACAAUCCUGUACAUGUACUCUGUAGGUUCAAAGGAGCUUACUUUUAGCUAAACAGGAAUAAAUUUUGCACAUUAUUAAAACUGCAUUGAACCACAAAGCCAACUAUAGCAGUUGUCAACUAUUUUCUUGGUAAUCUUUCACUCCUUACAUUCACUCCUCUGCUUUGUUAUUUCUUAUGAAUCACAUAUCUGUGCACGGAUAUUCAUAGGAGGUUAUAUGAAGGCUCCGUCCCUAUUGUAUGUUCAUAUGCAACAUGACCUGUACAAAUGGGGUAGAGGACGUGGAUCACAAUAGCACAAUGCUGCUUUCAUCAUUCUGCUCCUCUUGCCCCCACCAGAUAUAUUCAGAAGGUAUAAUCCUCAGUAAACCAUUGUGUACUGUUUCUGUCUAUAUUGUUUGUUAAUAAUAAUGCAUAGAUUAUUCUGUUCAUCAACUCAGGUCCAAAUUCUAAUAUUCUGUAGAAAUGUAAAUAAGACAACUUUUUUCCCAAUCAUCAUGCUUUUACUACAUUAAGUUAAUGGUCUUAAAGUUUGUUUAUUUAUUUAAACAUAUUGAAGUUAUUUUAAAAUUACAUGUAUCCCUAGAUAAAGAUUUUUUUUAAAAAAAGCAGCAAUAUAAUUAAAAAAAUCUUUGCUUUAAGACAAACAGGAGUGACUUUAAAAGCCCUGCUGCAAUGCUCUCUUAAAAUGCACAAUAAGUAAUGAUCUCUUUUCUUUGAAAAGUUUGCCAUUUAAAGAAAAAAAAUAAAAUGCAUUUAUCGUAUAUACUUACAUACAUUUAUUUAGUCACAAAUCAGAAGUGUUUUUUCUGAACAGUUAUUGGUCUUGAUAAUGUGCUCUUCUUGAUAGUACGCUAGAAAUAUAGACUUAAAUUAAUCAGAAUUUGCUAUACAAAUGAAAUUGUCCUACGGAUAGUAAAAAAAAAAUGCAAUGGGGCUUCAAAAUAUGAGAUGGUGAUAAAUUAUACUUUUGACUUAGGUGGCCCAAGCACAAUAAUAAUAUUGUGGUAUGUUGUUGUUUGAUGCUGUUGCUUUGCGCUGAAAUUCAGUUCAACAUUAAAUGGCUGAAAAAAA